UAAUAUGGGGAUCACCAAAUUUCUCUUUAUUCUCAUUCUCUUACCUUUCUACCAAGUUCUCUCUCAAUAUGAAUAUGAAACUUUCCAUCCAUAUCAAAGAUCCCCUACUCUUGAUCCCCAUGCUAUGAUCAUUCAAGCUUGCAACAACAUCCAGAACCAAGCUUUAUGCCUCUCACACAUACAAUCCAAUCUUGAUGAUCCUGUCCACAGGGAUCCCAAUUCAAUCCUCAAAGCAGCCAUUCAAAACUCCCUCAAUCAAGCAAAGCUAACCAUUCAAUCCAUCACAAAAUUCAGCACAUUAUCAACUUCAUCCAGGGAUCAAAUGGCCAUCGAGGAUUGCCAAGAACUUCUCGAUUUCUCAGUCACUGAACUAGCAUGGUCCUUAGGUGAAAUGAGAAAAAUCCGAGCUGGUUCAAAGAAUGUUCAUUAUGAGGGAAAUCUCAAGGCGUGGCUGAGUGCUGCAUUGAGCAAUCAAGACACAUGCUUAGAAGGAUUCGAAGGCACAGACCGACACCUCGAACAUUUCAUCAAGGGAAGUUUAACACAAGUAACACAACUCAUUAGCAAUGUUCUAACUUUGUAUGUUCAAUUGCAUAGCUUACCAUUUAAACCACCAAGAAAUGAGAACAUAACAUAUGAAAAUCAAAAGUAUCCAGAGUGGAUGACAAAUGGUGACAAAGAUUUGCUAGUUUCUAAUCCAAAUGGAAUGCAUGUAGAUGCUGUUGUAUCCUUAGAUGGAAGCGGUCGUUAUCGGUCAAUUGCACAGGCUAUAAAUGAGGCUCCAAGCUAUAGUAACAGGAGAUAUGUGAUCUAUGUGAAGAGGGGAACUUACCAUGAAAAUAUUGAUUUGAAGAAGAAAAAAACCAAUAUCAUGCUUCUGGGAGAUGGCAUUGGAGCCACUGUCAUUACUGGUAGCAGAAAUUUCAUGCAAGGAUGGACUACUUUUAGAACUGCAACUGUUGCUGUUUCGGGCAAGGGAUUUAUUGCAAGAGACAUAACAUUUCGCAACACUGCUGGGCCUAAAAACUUCCAAGGUGUGGCCCUUCGUGUGGAUUCGGACCAAUCGGCCUUUUUCAGGUGCAGCAUGGAAGGAUAUCAAGACACGCUUUACGCCCAUUCACUCCGUCAAUUCUAUCGAGAAUGCAACAUUUAUGGCACCAUAGAUUUCAUUUUUGGCAAUGGUGCUGCAGUUCUUCAAAACUGCAAGAUUUAUACUAGACCUCCACUUCCAUUACAGAAGGUAACAAUCACGGCCCAAGGUCGAAAAAGCCCAGAUCAAAGCACUGGAUUUUCGAUCCAAGAUAGCUACAUUUACGCCACUAGGCCCACUUAUUUGGGCCGGCCCUGGAAAAUGUAUUCAAGGACUGUUUACAUGAAUACCUACAUGAGUGGAAUGGUCCAGCCCAGAGGAUGGUUGGAGUGGUAUGGCAACUUUGCCUUGAAUAGUUUGUGGUAUGGUGAGUAUAAGAAUUAUGGGCCUGGAUCAUCACUUACGGGUCGGGUUACGUGGCCCGGUUACCAUAUUAUCAAAGAUCCUUCAUCGGCUAAUUUCUUCACCGUUCAACAUUUCAUCGACGGCAUGUCGUGGUUGCCGGCCACCGGCGUCCAGUUCUCAGCUGGUCUUACUAAUUAGGCGGCAGUAACGUAUAGUAAUAGUUUAA